CGACCUCCUCCUCGUCCUCCUCCUCCUGGCGGCCCUCCUGGUCCGGCCUGCCCGUCCUGGAGAGACCUGGGCCUCGCCGGUUGAUGGAUUACCUGAGAAUGUCUGAGUGUAUCCAGAUCUCAUUUGCGGUUUGUAGAAUUGGCAUUUACACGUGUUUCCGGGCACUUUGCUGCAAGGGCCCGCCGCCUCCCCGCCCGGAGUACGACCUGGUCUGUAUAGGCCUCACCGGCUCGGGCAAGACCAGUCUGUUGUCGCAGCUGUGCAGUGAGAGCCCAGAGAACAUCGUGGCAACUACAGGUUUUAGUAUAAAAGCAGUGCCAUUCCAGAAUGCCAUCUUGAAUGUAAAAGAACUCGGAGGUGCCAAUAACAUCCGGAAAUAUUGGAGCCGCUACUACCAAGGAUCCCAAGGGGUGAUAUUUGUAUUAGACAGCGCCUCUUCCGAAGACGAUCUCGAAACGGCCAGAAACGAACUGCAUUCAGCUCUCCAGCAUCCACAAUUGUGCACUUUGCCCUUUUUGAUACUGGCCAAUCACCAAGACAAACCCGCCGCUCGUUCCAUCCAAGAGAUCAAAAAAUAUUUGGAACUAGAGCCCCUCGCUCGCGGAAAGCGUUGGAUCCUCCAGCCGUGCUCCCUGGAUGACAUGGAGGCGGUAAAGGACAGCUUCAAUCAGCUCAUCAGCUUGUUGGAAGACAACACCCCCGAACCCGUCAGGAUGUGAAAGCCACCGGAUGGAGCUGGUCCGGAGACCGUCCUCUCCCCACCCCCGGCGUCCCUCCCCUCAUGGCCCAGGAACUUCUGUUCUGACCUUCGGUCCCAAGCCCGGUUAGCCCAUCUCCACACGGAGUCUGGAAAUCGGGGGGAGAAAAAGCCAUCUCGAUUAAAGUCGGGAGCACCUAAUGUGGGGGAGACUGGUCUCUCUGUCGACCGCUGAUUUGGUAGCUCUCUUCUCCUUGGGCCUUAUCCUAAAAUGGAGGGAAUCUUGCCUCCCGAGACCCCUCAUGAGACCCCUAAAACAGCCCCCCCCACCACGUCUGAUUUUCUGAAAAGCCGCCUAUUAGAUCCUCCUUGGGCGGGGCGUAGUAUUUUACUUCAGAUACCAACUGUAGUAUGAAACUGCCACCUGUGGCUAAUUUUUGAAAAAGUCACCUAUUAGAACCUCUCCGGGAGCGGUGGAGAAUUUCAUUUUGGAUCCCCGGUGCUCCCUGGAAGUGACUUGCAGGCGUUUUACAAGCAAGGAGGGUCCGGUAGGGCAAGAUUCCCUCUGAACGCCAGGAGUCAUCUCCUCCGGUCGAUUCCUCCUGGAGUCGAAUUCUCCCCCUCCCCGCCCCCCUCAAAAAGGCCGAGACCGUUGAUUUUGGGUCUGGAAAGGGUGAAGGGAAAUUCAGGCCCAAACCUACCCCAUUAAGAGCAGUGUUGACCACGGGUUCAUUCUCAAAAGGUGACCCAUCCUACCGUCAGCCUGGAGUGGCAACGUAAAUAGAUAUGGUAGGGUUUUGGAAAACUCGCAGAUGGGUGGGUGGGGGUGACCUUUUUUUCAGAAAGAUGAUGGAAAAAAGAGCAGCCAAACUAAAUGUAUUUUACGCUGGUGGCGACUGAAAUUCGAGCACGGACUGUGGUAGAUUUUUCACCAAGAGAGGCUCUGUGGCGUUCAUUCCUAAAACGCUAACGACUAUUAGUGAUGUCCGCCAGUGGCUCAACCAGCAGUUAAGGGUCUGUCAGUGUUUCUAUUGCAAACCUCUAUUUUCAGGGGUCUCAGACAUUUGCUUUGAGCUGAAUAUUAAAAUACAGUUGCCCACCUGAAAUUUUUGGAAGCCGUUUUUAGAAACUCCUUGUAGCUUGCAAUCAAAUUGCAGUAGAAAAAGGACCAGGGCUCUGAGCCAUGAUGCCUUUUGGCUCUUCAAAACCCGAAAACAGAUUUAUGGGUUUUAUUUGGUGUCUGGGGUUUUUUUUGUCGUUGUUGUUGGGGGUUUUUUGUGUUGUUUUUUUUAAAAGAUGAGCGUUUCUACAUCUUUGGUUCCUGAUAUAGAGGGCCACCCUUUGGCCACUCAUCAUUUGUGUUCAAUGGCUGAACUUUGAUAAAGCCAGUUACCACACCCGAGCGGUGAAGAGUUCCUUAUCUGUAGCCUCCUUUGCUCCGUGAUACCUCAUAUCUGCUCCGGGCGUCCCAUUUUAGACCUUUAACGUUAUCUGAAUGUCGUUUUUGUGGUUUAAUAGAGUUUUAGUGGGUUUAACUGACUUGUUACCUUGUAAACGUUUAAAAUACUUUAGCCUUUUUUUACGGAAGGGAGCGAAAACAUUCCCGGCCAUUCAUAUCCGAUUUUUUGACUACGGUAUUCUGGGAUGUCUGUAAUACUGGGCGAUCCGUGAGCAGCGCACGGUUUCUACGGAGAUGACUGAUAACCCAGCUCAUCGCUCCACCUUUUCUUCGUCUCCAUCGUCUGAAUGAAAUCCGUCCGCUUGCCAGGCAGUGCUUUCUCAGCAAGUUCAUUAAAUGUGUACUAUUGUCUUUUUAAGAUACCGUGGUUUAAUGGUCCUAAGCCAUCUGCUAAACCACUCCCUCUGUGUGUGCGUGUGCGUUUUGAUGUGUCUGCCUGUCUCGGGCCUCUUCUCAGACCCACGACUGUCUGCAGCGCCUCAGCCGUCAGAAUGAAAACAGUAUCAAUCAGUGCCCAACAACAGCUGUUUUUGACAAGUUUCCGUCUGACGCCUAAUGCUUCGCAACUGUCAAAUCGGCUCCCUCUUUGUCUAGCGGCUCCACGCCCGGCCUCUUUGACGCUCCCGUAACGGAUCCCAUCCUUGUAACUGGAAUUUGCCUUGUUUGGGAAAUCCGCUUUGGGGGCGUGUGGGUGUGUGUGUGUGUGAGUUUGUGUGCGCGUGCAUCCCCGAUCCUGUCACUCGCCGUGUGAUGGAGCCACAGGUGUCUCAGUCCCCGUUAUUCAGGGCGGCCACUGGAACGAAAGUCAGGGAGGAAUCGUUACGUCUCGCUUACUCGCCUCUCGCCGUAUUUAUGGACGUCUCCGAGUUUUGUACCUUAUUCGCUAACGUGGUCGCCUUUUUUGUACUGGCAAUUAAUUUAUAUUGCGAGUUUGUAUCCACUGUAGUUUACAAUAUCGGUUGCUAGUUAACUGCCAUAUUACCCAGCCUUUAUACUAAAAAUACAGCAUCUAUACUUAGAAGUUGACCAAUCCAUGUGGCCAGCGGCCAGGCAAGAGGAACUUGUACUGUCUGUGAUUUAUACGUGAUUUCCACUAUCUUCAAAUGAAAAUAAAAGUUGAAUAGAAUCGA